GUCUAAAAUGUAUUUCCUGUCGACUGUUUGUCUGUUGAUGACUGCCAUCUCGAACUGCAAUGGAGCAGGCUUAUGCGACCUUGACCUCAUUCCCCUGCACAGCAAUUUCAAAAUGAACUCGUUUUUAGGAUCGUGGUACGAAGUAGAAAGGAGCGAACUUGCUUGGGGACACAAUACUUGGCACGGAGCCGUUUGGACAAUCUUUGAGGCUAGGAAUGGCACUAAAUUUUUCUCAUAUACAGGUCACAGGACUGGCCAGGACUGCAACGUUCCGCAGACGGGCUUCUUUACAGACACAUCUCUCGACGGCAGGGUCACCCUUACAUCCGAAUCCGGACUAUAUGAAAUGACGUUUCAAGUGGCUUAUACGGAUUAUAACCACGUGGCACUCGUGUACAUGUGCUACGAAGCUCUCUCGACUGGUGUUUGUCACACAAACAAGCUACACGUGGCUUUCAUGUCACGUGUCGAGUCCCUGACUAUGCCACAACGUGUCAAGCUCGUGAGUCUCCUUGAGCCGACAUGUAUAACCGAAUCUGACAUUGUGGCAUCAACAACAGGAGCCUGCAUCGCACCAACACCAAACCCGAUACUUGUUGGUUAGUUCCGACGGUAGCCAAUUGCAGGCUCGAUUGUCAGUCGUUUUACUGUACAAUUCUGUUUUCAUUAAAG